AUGAGGAUCCAUUCCUCAUGGCUGCCAUGCAGCUCCCAAUCCAUCGCCUCCUGGCUCAUCACCACCGCCUGCUUCCUGGUCCCCACCUCGGCCAUCUCCUUCCAACCCUCCCCGUCACCCAACCUCGACCUCUCCCAACUCGGCCGCGUCGCCUUCGCCGGUGAUUUUGAUGGCGUCUCACUCUACGAAUACCUCGGUCAGUCGCAGGACGCCAACCUCAAUGGGACCCAGUCCCUGCUCGCCCAGUUUCCCAAUGGCGCGUUCGCGAGCGUCGCCAACGCCGAUGCAUACAUCCAGACCAUCUGCCCGUUCGUCUCGAAGGACGGCAUCUUCCACGGCGUGGUCGUCGGCGGGAAUUUCACUAGCCUCGGCGGCGUAGAGGCGCAGGGCGUUGCGCUGUUCAACGCGACCUCCGGCAAAGUCACCGCACUUCCCGGCCUCUCGGGACGGGUAUCGAGCGUCUACUGCGAUCGGGAGUCGAGCACGGUAUAUGUCGGUGGGAUGUUCACGGGCGAGAACUCGACGAACGCGAUCGCGUGGACCGACGAAUGGACGAACCUGCCGUUUCAGGGAUUCAAUGGACCGGUGACCGCGAUCACGAAAGCGCCGAAUGGGAAUAUCGUGUUCGGGGGGUCGUUUACGGGGCUGGGGAACUCGUCGGCGCCGAAGACGAAGGAUUCGCACUCGGUUGCGAUCACGUCGGCGGAGAUUACGGCGAGUCGGUCAUCGGGUGCAGCAGGAUUCGGCGACCCAAAAAAUAUUGUGUGCAAGACCGGAAAUCAAGAUGGGCCCGGGAAUACAUGGCUGCUUCCCGAUCGGAGCCCCGGAUUUUGGCAGGCGAAGUUUGGGUUUGGCUUCCUGCCGACCAAGCUACGUCUGUAUAACACGGUGCAGCCGAAUCGAGGGACGAAAACAUGGCGAUUAACCGCGAUGCCGAUCAACGGGAUCAUGAACUUGACAUAUACCGACCCGUCCGGACAAAAGAAAUUCUGCGACGCGCAAUGUCCACUCCCGGAGAAGAACUCGACCUUCCAGGAUUUUAGCUUCGUGAACAGCGUCGGCAUGGACGCCGUCCGCAUCGAUAUCUCCGACUGGUAUGGUGACGGUGCAGGCCUGAGCGGCAUCGAGAUAUUCCAGGACGACAUCUAUUCGUAUGCCAUCAACGACUUCAACCAACCGACGUGUGGAGGCAGUUCGACACGCCCCGAAGCGACGAGCACCGGUCCCUGGGCCAUCGCACCAUCCGGCCUAACCAAUUCCCAAUAUCUGGCCGCAAAUGUAGGUGGGAACGUGGAUCAGGACGCCCUGACCGUGGAAUUCCAACCGGACAUCCAGCAUUCGGGGAACUACUCAGUGACUGUCUACACCCCCGGCUGUCUGCAGGACAGCACCUGUGCCACGCGAGGCCGUGUCAUGAUCAGCGGCACCGUCGGCUCGGAUCCUCCCAUUUCUACUGAAAUCCACCAGACCAACAGCUUCGACAAAUACGAUCGCGUGUAUUACGGUUACGUCGACGCCUCCAGCAGCGGCUUCCGUCCUACCGUCACCCUUCGACCGAGUCCCGGCCAAAAAGGGCCCCUCAACGUCGUCGCUCAGCGCGUACGGUUCGAGAUGGUCUCCUCCGGUGGUGGAUUGAACGGGAUCUAUGAAUACAAUCCCAGCGUCACCACCGUCGAAACCGACUUCUCCCGAUCGGACAUCAAUCGCGCGGGAUUGGAGAUGGGCGACCGCGCGCAAGUCAACGCCCUUGCCGUCCAAGGACAAACGACGUUCGUCGCAGGCAAUUUCUCCUCGCAGAACUUUAGCCACAUCUUCUCCAUUGGCGGCUCGGACGUCGUGUCGCUCUCCGGAGACGGGUUGAACGGCGCCGUACGCACGAUGACCCAAGACGGAUCGACCCUCUACAUUGGCGGGGCCUUCAACAACACACGGGACAAAUCCGCCCAAGGCCUGAACAAUGUCGCGACCUACUCUGUCCCCGACAAAAGAUGGCAACCGCUCGGAGCCGGCGUCAACGGCGCGGUCGAGUUCCUCGUCCCGUUCAGCAUCAACGUCACCGCCGACACCCCCGAGCCUGCGAUCGCGGUGAGCGGGAAGUUCACCGAGGUGCUUGCGUUCGGGAACAACAGCGCGACCGCCGUGGACAACAUGGCGAUCUGGGUCCCGUCGCGCGAUAACUGGGCGGUCAACCUCGAUGUUGCGCUCCCGUCGAUCAGUGGCAUCGUCACCGCACGAACUGACGUCCCGGGAUCUGCUCCUCUCUAUGCUGGCGGGGUCUCCUCGCAAUCGCUUGGCGUGACGGGUGCGGUUGGAUUAAUCAGCGGAGAACGUCCGUCGUUGCAGAAGCUUCCUUUCAAGGUCCAGCCGUCUACGCCCUCGUCGAUCCAAAAGCGACAGGAUACACCUUCGAACGCCACCGGCGCCGUGACCGGCCUAAUGUAUAAUGAAAACGGACUAAACAUCACCAUCCUCGGCGGCCACUUCUCCGCCUCAGGCCCCGACCCCUCCUCCCCCAUCCACAACCUCCUCUUCCUCAACGGCUCCAACGACGACGCCCUUUCCGGCAUUCCUUCCCUCUCCCCCGAAUCCACCAUCCUCGCCCUCGCCACCCACCGCACCACCCUCUUCGCCGGCGGCGCCCUCACUGCCCCCGACCCCUCCGACCCCACCACCCCCCUUUCCGCCCUCCUCCUCUACGACCUCCUCACCGCCUCCCUCCUCCCCACCCAACCUCCCGCCCUCACCGGCCCCUCCCCCGCCGUCCACGCCAUCGCCCCCCACCCGUCCUCCGCCGACAUCUACAUCGGCGGCGCCUUCGCCUCCGCCGGUGCCUUCACCUGCCCCGCCCUCUGCAUCUUCAACGCCGACCGCGCCCAGUGGUCCUCCCCGUCCAACGGCCUCGCCGGCUCCGUCAAUGCCCUCCUCUGGCUCUCCCCCGCCAAACUCCUCGUCGCCGGCGAUUUCGCCGUCGCUGGCGUCUCUUCCUCCCUCUCCCUCUUCGACGCCGACGCCCGCGCCUUCGCCCCUUUCGCCACCGCUCCCCCUGGCCCCGUCUCCGCCCUCUGCGCCGCCACUCCCGACGGCGCCCAACUCUACAUCUCUGGCAGCAAAUCCUCGGGUACCCCCUACCUCGCGAAAUUCGAUGGUGCUCAGUGGACGGAAUUCGGCUUCGGCGCGGGGCUCGGUGCCGACUCGGAGAUCCGCAGCCUCCAGGUGUUCACGACGAGCGCGAAGCACGGAGAUAGUGCGCUGGUGGAGCAGAAUCGCGCGCUGUUGGUGAUGGGGAAGAUAGAAGUAGACGGGUUCGGGAGCGUGGGGGCAGCGGUGUUUAAUGGGACGGGGUGGGUGCCGUAUUUGUUGGUCGGGGGUGGUGAUGAUGGAGGGAGUAUCAGCGCGGCGUUCGUGGAACGACCCGGGAAUUUCUUCAUGUCUAGUGCCCAUCACCUCGCCACCGGCUUCGUUGUCCUCAUCGCCCUCGCCAUCGCCCUUGUCCUCCUCUUCCUCCUCGUUGUCGCCGGCCUCCUCGCCGAACGCUACCGCCGCCACCGCGACGGCUACCUGCCUGCGCCCACCGGCGUCGACCGCGCGCACAACGUCGCGCGCAUCCCGCCGGAGCAUCUGUUUGGGAGUGUGGGGGUCGGGAAGGGGAGGUUGUGA